AGAGAGAGAGAGAGGGGUUCGGUUUGAAGGAAUUCCGUGGUUCUUACUUUGAACCAAUCCCUCUUUGACGGCUUCAGUGCGUAAGAGUGAGAAGAAUUGGUGGAGUGGAGGGGUUUAAAGCAAGCGUCGGUUGUCCAUUCAUGCCAACGCGGCGGAGUGGAUCUUUGAUCUUGUAAAAGGUUGAAGUAGCAUAUGCAGAAUUUCUAACUGUUGUGGUUCAUCAGACAAGUAAAACAUGCGGUGUUCCUGUUUUGGUGCUUUAUUCUCUCGGAAACAACAUCUUAUCGAUUCUGAAAAGAACCUAGAGGGGUUUUCAUCAGAAAACAAUCUAAGUCUUUUUUCUUACAUCGAGCUAAAGUCAGCAACAGAUAAUUUUCAUCCAAGCAACAAGAUAGGCCGGGGUGGUUUUGGAACAGUGUACAAGGGAAUUCUCAGGAAUGGAAUAAUUGUUGCAGUCAAGGUACUUUCUGCCGACUCACGGCAAGGGGUUAGGGAAUUUUUGACUGAGAUUGAUGUUAUAACAAACAUCAAACAUUCAAACCUUGUUGAGCUGAUUGGUUGCUGUGUCGAAGGCAGUAAUCGCAUUUUGGUUUAUGAGUACUUGGAAAACGGUAGUCUUGAUCGUGCAUUACUAGGUUCAAACAGUGAUGCAGGUAGGCUGAACUGGUACAUCAGAUCUGCAAUUUGUAUGAGCAUAGCCAGGGGUCUCAUGUAUCUUCACGAGGAGCUUCAACCACCAGUUGUGCACAGAGACAUAAAAGCUAGCAAUAUUCUCCUUGACAGGAAUUUUCUCCCUAAAAUUGGAGACUUUGGUGUGGCUAAGCUUUUUCCUGAUGAUAUUACUCACAUCAGCACACGUGUAGCUGGAACAACGGGUUAUUUGGCACCUGAGUACGCUUUGAAAGGCCAGCUAACUAAGAAAGCAGACAUAUAUAGUUUCGGAGUCCUUGUUCUUGAAAUAAUCAGUGGCAGAAGUAAUUCCAAAUCAUGGUCAGAAAUGGGGAUACCACUCUUGGAAUGGACAUGGACGCUUCUUGAGGAAGAAAGGCUAACUGAGCUGGUAGAUGCAGCUCUGAAGGAUUAUCCAGAAGACCAAGUGAUAAGAUACAUUAAAGUGGCCCUUUUCUGCACACAAGCAGCAGCAGGCCGGAGGCCAUCCAUGUCCCAAGUUGUGGAGAUGCUGUCCCGGCCGGUGCUAAUUAAUAACCAGGAAAUUACACGGCCUGGCUACAUGGAAGACUCCGGGAAAACUAGCCGAGGUACGAGAGCAACGAAUUCCACUUUCUCCCGGUCAAAGGAUUCAACAAGCCGCGACACGACCACCCCAUUCUCCCUGACUCAUGAUACCGUCACGGAAAUGUCUCCAAGAUGACUGUUUUUUGCACAUAACAAGUUAUAUAUAUAUAUAUAUAUAUUAAAAGCUAACAUGCCAUCACUGACCGCCACGCAAAAGAUAAAAGUGAAUUAUAACAGAAGAUUAAAAGAAAAGGAUGGAAAUGAUUCUGAAAUGGCCUCCUCGUGGUUAUCAUAGUAUCAUGGAUAGUUCCCAGUACAAGUCAACAUGGCACAUCUAAGAUGAAGCAGCUUAAGUUGAGGGCUUGCUGUUUGUUGUGGUUUCUGUAGUGGCUGCUUCCUGUUUGGUCCCGGUGGCAGCAGCUCCAUCUUUAGCUGGGGCAGGUGGUGGAGGGGGCUUCAGAUGUGUCGGUGUAUUAUGCUUAAGCUUUGCCAAUAUCUGACGCAUUCUUGAGAGGUCAGUCGGCUUGCCAGGCUUUGGUCCUUGUACAACCACGAUUGAUGGCUUCUUCUCUUCUUUCUUUCCCCUCUUCUUAA